UUCAGGGGCUCAUUAACCCACAAUUUAUAUGUUGAGAGCUUGGUUUUAACAUCUGCAACAUUUGUAGCAGCAAUGACUAAUCUUACUCCUGCUCUGACAUUUAUCAUGGCUAUCAUUUUAAGGAUGGAAAGAUUGGCAAUUGGAACUGAUGCUGGAAAGGCUAAAGUUUUGGGCACUAUAUUGAGCAUAGGCGGUGCAAUGAUUUUUACAUUUUACAAGGGAAUUGGGAUCAAUGUGUGGACGACCAACAUUAACUUGCUACAUCAUCAUGCCAUGACAACAUCAAAGCAGACAUCGGCAAAGGAAGCAUUGGGCGCAUUGCUGGGUGUGGGCAGUGGUGUGUCUAUCGCAAUCUGGAUGAUAAUCCAGGCAAAAUUGAGUAAGGUAUAUCCACCUUACUCUGCCACUGCUCUCACGUCUAUAUGUGCAUCAAUACAGUCAGUGGCAUAUGCAAUGUGUACCGAGGAGUGGGCUGCAUGGAAGCUUGGUUGGAAUAUUAGACUUCUCACUGUUGUAUAUACGGGAGUCAUAGGCUCUGGAUUGAUGAUUGCACUAAUGGCCUGGGUUGCACGGAUGAGGGGGGCGUUAUUUAUAUCUUCUUUUUACCCAUUAUUGCUUAUUAUUGUUGCAAUAGUUGGCUCGUUAAUGCUAGAUGAGUUGCUACAUUUGGGAAGCAUAUUAGGUGCGGUGUUUAUCAUAUUGGGCUUAUACAGCGUGCUAUGGGGAAAAGGCAAGGAGACGAUGGAAGCAACCCAGCUUAAUCCAUUGAAAAGCUCUAAAGACUCGGAAUUAAGAGAUGUUACUGUACAAGGCUAAUUUGAUGUUCACAAUGGAAUUGCAAGUUAUAUUGUUCUCAUCCGGUUAGAUUUUGUGUAGAACAUACUAAUAUUAGAUGUGGCUAAUGUUGAA